CUAAUCUAAGGCUAAGGGUUCAACAGUUGUACUCGCAACUGUAAAUGGAUGAAAAUGGUGUGAACCGGCGCAGCCUCUUGCUGCAUUCAAUUCUUCUCCCACAACCUAAUUCCACUUGUGGUUGCUUUGAAUGGGUGGUUUGGGUCAACAUUCUUAGGCCCUACAUGGCCCUACACAAUUCGCUAUUGGCUUGAACAAGGGUCUGGAUGGCUCAAGCGAGGCUCAACUCCAGCAUGCAGCAGCAUGCCUUAAUUUUUUCGCACUUUGCGUUUCCUUACCACGGCCAUAGGUCAUCCUUGGGAUCAUGGCGAACACUGAACGAGAGGCAAUCUUGUCAGAGCUGGAAGCUGCUCGUGCCGAGCUUGUCACUGCACGUAUGGCUCGGGCAGCACUGACUGCCAAGCACCACACUGCCGAACAAGUUAGGCUGGAAGAAUAUGCGACGGAAAUUCGGCACUUGUCUCAUGGGAAUGCUGCUUUGCAGGCGCAAUGUGACAUGGCAAGCGCUCACUUGAAAGCCUUGUCUGCCAUGGCCCACAGUUCGGCAGAGCAGGUGAAAUCAAGGCAAAGCCUGCUCUAUGGACUCCUUCGGCAGAUGGAGGAAUGUGAAGCCUUUGAAGCGUCGCUACCCGAAAAGGACGACGGGGAGCUGAUGCUGAACCAGAGGCUCCAAGAGCUCUCUGCCUCCCAGCGGGCAAUGAGUGAGAAGGCCAGAGAGCUCCAGUCAGAGAGGAUCUCUUUGGCGCAGACCGGAACCUUUUUGGAGGAGCAGACUGCAGAGAGGCUUUCUUCUGAGAUUUUGCAGCUACAAGAAGCAUCUGAGUUGUUGGAGGCACGAGAUUCAUCGUUGAUCUCGGAGCUCCGGGAGCCGCUAAAGAAGUUUCAUGUAGCUGGUACCUCUUUUGCUUCGCUUGAAGCUCUUCUGGCUCAACUACAAGAGCUUACACGCGUGGAAGAGGACUUGAGGCAGAGAGGCACAGACCAAGAGGCUCAGAUCGAGCACCUGCGUGGAGAGGUCGAAGAGCGGCAGAGAAAUUUCAAUCGGAUGACAGAGGACCUGGUGUCCCAAGUGUCUCAUCUGCGAGGGGUGGUUGCGUGGGACACGGCAGCUGAUCGGUUCAAUCGCAGAGAAAGUGAUUUAAGAGACUUGGAGCUCCUUAGGCAGAGGGAGCUUCGCCACCUCCGAGACCAGGAGGAGCAGCUGGAGCAAAUGGAGCAGGACUUGUCUCAGCCACCAGAGCCACUCGUGGACCCAGGUUCAGCAGACAGGCUAGAGCGUCCACGGAGGACCAAAACGGCAUUUUCACGGUCCGAAGGGCCGGGUCUUCCCGUGCCAGGGAUCUCACAGGAACCCCACAAAGUCUCGCUUCCUUUUCGCCCUCCUGCCUCAAGGCCAGGUCCAGCUUUUGAUUUUCAGGAAAGAGUGUCAGAUCUCAAAGCUGUCAUUGGAGCUUCCUUGCGGAGCCUCGAGGAGAUAGCGACAUCUGAAUCUGAACUCGAGGAGAUGGACGGAUUUUCACAAGUCUAAGUUGUUGGUACAGACUACAGAUCUGACCGGACGUCCUCUGGACGGAAGCUGAGUGAAAGUUGGUGAAGUUAAAGAUUCAAGGUGACAAGGACCAUGAUGACAUCUCACAGCCAAUGGUGCCCGUGAGCUACCUACGGUGCUUUCGCUUCGCAACAUCUUGAAGGAUUUGAGAGCUCAAAGGUGAGCAUCCGACAAGCCCGCGAAGACCAAAAGAGUCAUGGGUUAAAGGCAACCUGCAGGAAUUCAUGGGGCUGACUCAUUCAAGGCCAUGUCCCUGGGCUGACACUGGAACCAGGUCUAGUCUAGUUUGAGUCGGUCGGGGAAGAGCUGACACCGGGCCGCUACUAGCCUUUGGUGGCCAUACUUUCAGCUUGUUUGUUUCUGCAAUGCAUAUGAGAAGCUGCCAGAAAGACAGAACAAAAUGAA